AAAGCAAUUCUCAUAAACUGAGUUGAUGGGCGACCAAAACUAUGCUAAGCUCCACAUAGCAAUGCUUCCAUGGCUAGCCUUUGGCCACCUUAUCCCCUUCCUUGAACUCGCAAAGCUUCUAGCCUCCAAAGGUCACAACAUCUCCUUCAUAUCAACCUCUCGAAACAUCGAUCGCCUCCCUCAAAUCCCACAAACCCUAACCCCUUUUAUUCAAUUUAUCAAAAUCAAUCUACCAAAAGCUCUAAAUCUCCCGGAAAACGCAGACUCCACCAAGGAUUUACCCUUCAACAAGGUCAAGUACCUCAAACUCGCAUGCGACCGCCUCCAAACGCCCCUCGCCCAUUUCCUUGAAACCUCAUCUCCGGAUUGGAUUAUGUGCGAUUUCGUUACUUACUGGGUUGGUCCGAUCGCGGCUGAACGCGGCAUCCGAUCGGCUUAUUUUAGUGUUUUUCCGGCCCUGAUGUUGUGUUUCGCGGGUACCCCUGAGGUGGCCAUGCAUGGCGAUGAUUCCCGAGUAACACUCGAGGAUUUUGUCAAACGACCCAAGUGGGUGUCGUUUCAAUCUGAAGUUCGACCGAGUAUGUUUCAACUCAUCAGAGGGAAUGAAAACUUCAAUGCGGUCGAAGAAAACGUUAGCGAUGCGUAUCGGCUUGGGGCGACGGUCCGCGGCUGUGACGCGGUGAUUGUAAGAAGUAGUUUCGGUUUCGAGCUGGAGUGGUUGAACCUCUUGGACGAGCUUUACAAAAAACCGGUCAUUCCGGCCGGGCUUUUACCGGCAGCAGCGGAUACCGAAUGCCAUGCAUGUUGGCCGGAAACGAAACAGUGGUUGGACAUGCAUGAAAAAGGGUCGGUAGUUUACAUUGCGUUUGGAACUGAAACAAAACCGAGUCAGUACGAGUUGACUCAGUUGGCUUUAGGUUUAGAGUUGUGUGGGUUACCGUUUUACUGGGUGUUAAUUGAUCAGCGUGGGGUAUCAGAUGAUGACGUCAUUGAGUUGCCAUGUGGGUUUGAGGAGAGGACACGUGGACGUGGUGUGGUGUGUAGGGGUUGGGCACCGCAGUUCAAGAUACUGAAUCAUGACUCGGUGGGUGGGUUGUUGAUUCACUCGGGUAUGAGUUCAGUGGUGGAAGGGUUUCAACUCGGUAAACCGCUGGUGUUGCUGCCGUUCUUAAUGGAUCAAGGUUUGAUUGCUAGUUAUUUGGUGGAGAAGAAGAUGGCAUAUAUGAUUCAUAGGGAGGAUGUGGAUGGGUCGUUUACUCCAGAAUCGGUGGCUGACUCACUGAGUCUUGUGAUGGUGAGAGAAGAGGGGAAAAUGUAUAGGGAAAAAGCUAAAGAGAUGAUGGGUUUGUUCGGUGACAGAGAUGUUCAAGAUGACUAUGUUGAUGAUUUGAUUCGGUUUCUUCAAACAUAGUUGUUUGGUGUCAUGGUUAAUGUUCCAACUUUAAUUUAAUGUAAUACAUUUUAUUUUAUUGAA